CGUCGACGCGGUACAAGUCUAUAAAGAGGGCUGAGCAACGAAACAAACGUUGAAUAGUAAAUGGUUGGCUGUGCAACCUUUUGGAGACUGGGUCUUGAUCUUGGUGACGGACUUCUCAUGCGGUUGCUCGUUUUAUUUUCCUUGGGAGAUAAUGAGGCACUCCUCCGAAUACAUGACUUCACUAUCAGCUCAGGUGAACCAUUGUUGAUAAUAAGUAACAUUCUCGUGGAUGAAUGUCUGAGUUUCAGGAACUUUUGAAUUUCAUGGUUCACAGUGAAAUGAUUUAACAUCUGAAAACCAAAGGAAUAAAUCUGAAUUUGUUUCUAUCGAUUCACUGUUUGGUCAGUGCCCUCCCACUCUGAGGACCCCGAUGACUCCCAGAGGCCAGUGAUGUUGGCCAUGCAGCACUACAACUCCUCAGGCCUGGCUGCCCCCCAUCUCCUCCCCAACCAGACCUGGUUGGCCAUGGCCUGGAGGGCAAACAUCACCACAGAGAGGCCCAUGUCUCCCCCCAGUAACCCCACGGCAGCUGGCCUCUCCAUGACACUGGGCAUCCUGUCCAACAUUGUGGCCCUGGUCAUCCUGGCGAAAGCUUACGCCCGCCUGCGCCGCCGCUCCAAGGCCACCUUCCUGCUCUUCGCCAGUUCCCUGGUGGCCACAGACUUUGCCGGCCACGUCAUCCCCGGUGCCCUGGUGUUGAGGCUGUACUCAGCUGGGGCUGCGACUGGGCCUUUAGCUCGCCCUGCCACCGAUGCCCCCUGCCAGUUCCUAGGAGGUUGCAUGGUGUUCUUUGGCUUGUGCCCAUUGUUCCUGGGCUGUGCCAUGGCUGCUGAGCGCUGCCUGGGUGUCACACAGCCCCUGCUCCAUGCCUCACUGGUCACCACGGCUCGGACCAAGAUGGCACUGGCUCUCAUCUGGCUGCUGGCUCUGUUUGUUGCCCUCCUGCCCUUCUUCAGGCUGGGGGCCUACACCUACCAGUACCCCGGGACCUGGUGCUUCAUCAGGGUCCUGGGAGAGACUCAGGAGACGGACGUGGCCUUUGUCAUGCUGUUCUCUGGACUGGGCCUGGCCUCUCUGACUGUGGCCCUGGUGUGUAAUACCAUCAGUGGGGUCACGCUGGUGCUUGCCAGACUGCGUAAGAAGUGUAAGACCUGCUACCGUCGCUCAGCCAAGUCCCACGACAUUGAGAUGGUGGCCCAGCUGGUGGGCAUUAUGAUCACCUCUUGCAUCUGCUGGAGCCCCCUGCUGAUCUUUGGCCUGAUGUCAGUCACACGGUCCUACAGCGGUUCCGUAGGCAGUGACCAGGACACAUACAGGAGGUUGAUGGUGAUGGGCGUCCGGCUGGCCUCCUGGAACCAGAUCCUGGACCCCUGGGUCUACAUCCUGCUGCGCCGGGCCGUGCUGAGGAAGAUCUACCGCAUCACAAAGAGCCGGGCCAGCUUCAAGAACAGCACCUUCCGCCAUUGGGACAUCAGCUCCUUCCAGAACUCUGAGAAAAUAAACACUGUCAACAGGAUCUGAGGAAGAAGAAAAGACACAGAUAGAAAGAAACAUCUUAUCAAAGUCCUUUGUUGUCCUGGGUGCUUUAUUUGCCACCCAACCCAACAUGCUGGAUUGAGGAGAAGACUGAACAUCCAACAGUAGGAUCUAACAGCAGUGUUGGUGUAUCACACAAAAGGAAAUACCUAUUGCCUAUAAGACCUAUAUUCCUUUAUUGAGAACUGUGUGGGUCUGCCUGACUGUGAAAGUCUAUGGGGUUUGGGAUUGAAAUCAUCAUCCUCCAGAUCUUGGAUCUCUUUCAGCUUCAUUUGAUUGGCCAGUAAGACCUGCUUUUGACUGACUGUGGUGUGGAGAAGUCUCAUCCUUUUAUGGGAAACAGACAAGCCAGACUAUACUCAAAGAAAUUAAAUGUCAUAAACGGAUUUACAACAGAAAAAUUUGACCAAGUAAGGACAGUAUGCCUCACCUGGAUACUGGAGACAUAUAAUUCUGCCCAAGAAAAAAGGUUUGUUGUAAAAGUGUCUGGCAGGUGAUGCUUUCUCUGUGUACAUAACAGUACAUGAAAUGAAGCUGCCUAUAAGAUCUCAACAACAAACAUCUCAAAGUGUGUGUGUGUGUUUGUGUGUGUGUGUUUGUGUGUGUGUGUGUGUGUGUGUGUGUGUGUGUGUGUGUGUGUGUGUGUGUGUGUGUGUGUGUGUGUGUGUGUGUGUGUGUGUGUGUGUGUGUGUGUGUGUGUGUUACUGUCAGUGUUUUUUGGAGUUCAUACUUUGUUUGUUUGUGGAAAUGUCAAAGUGCACUUUGACACAUCAUGAAGUCAGUGGCACUAUGCCAAAGCAAAGUAAAGGCUGUCCUUUUACCUGUGCUUGAAGAUGUGAACGACAUACAGUAUGUGUCAAACUUGUAAUGCUAUUCAUGUGUGAAUUGUGUGUAUGUAUUUAUUGCUUAUAUUGUUUUCCCAAUUGUCUGGGUACCUUAAAUGAAGCUAAGUGUUGCAAAAGCUAUAGAAUUGAAUGUUGUCUAAUAAAGUUUAUGUUGCCUGUUA